CGUCUCUUGCGUUACAUCGGUUAGAAGUUUGCUGCACAGUUCAUAUUACUUGUUGGCUUGCCUGAAGGACGCUACCGAAUAAGCAGCAUUAUAAAAGUAGAUUCUGGGUCAUAAAACGUACGAAAUAUACCUUGAAACUUGACUAAUAAUAACGAGGGAUAAUAAAGGAGUAAUAAUGGGGAAUUUCUGAGAAAUACUAGGGAGAUUCCAUAAGAAGUGUCGCUAUGUAUAUGGGCGAAAAAAUCAAGUUGUGGCUUUUUUCCCAACGCCAUGGGAAUGGCAGGUUUUUUGUGAAUUUUCCCGUCAAGUGGAAAUGUCUAGAAAUUAACUACUUGACCUUCCUCAAAAUUACCACUGUAUUGUCUAUCCCCCGGAUCUUCCUCUGAGUUGUCUACCUUUUCCUUAUAUUAGUCCUUCAGGUGGUUAAAUAUUAGUGUAAUUAACAGACUAGUCCACUAAAUAGUCGAUAGUUUUUACCUAUAGGUGAUAAUUGGACGUCAACAUUUUACUGAUAGAUAUGGUUCUUUAACCAUUCCGAAAAAUAGAAAGAACGUAAUUAGUGUGAGGACUAUUAAGCAUAUUUAUUCAUGAAGAAUGAUCUCUAGUUCAAACAAAGUAAUAAUGCAUACCAGGGUUUACCUGCUAUUCCUAGGUCGGUUGAACGUACUCUAUGCAGUCGAGAAAAUGGAACUUUGUACCAAUCCUAGUUUAGUAAUCCCAUAUGGAUCUCAUUCUUCAGGGCAGUGUGGUUAUUGUAAAAAUAGUUCUAAUGACAAAAAGACUAAUUGGGGUAUGAUGGCUGAACGACUUACUGUUUCAGAUUAUCAAUAUAUGAUCGAUCGAGGAUGGCGUCGAUCAGGUACUUACUGUUAUAAACCUUUAAAUGAUGUUACUUGUUGUCCAUCAUAUACUAUUCGAUGUGAUGCAUUACAUUUCCAUUUAAAGAAAUCACAUAAAAGAGUGUUGAAAAAUAUGUACAAUUUUUUAAAGUUUGGACAGUUACCUCAUGAAAAAACAUCUCAUCAAAAAGAGGAUCUUAAUAAUCUUAGAACGGAUGAUCAUCGUAUGUUUGUUCCUGAGGGAAAAUCGAUGCCUGUUUUAUCAUUUAAAAAUGUCACCACAGUUCAACAGAAUGAAGAGAAAACUAAAAACCAAACAAAUAUAUAUCAAACAGAUUGUUUCGGCGAUAAAAUAUCAUCAUCAACAGAAAAUGCCCCUAGUACACCACAUUGUACAUUAAAUACAUCAAAUGGUAGUAAUAAUAAUAAUAAUGUGGAAUUUCAAAGCAUUCCAUCAGGUGAUAAAAUUCAAAGUUCAUCGUCGCAUGGCAGUCACAAAAUGAAAGCUCAUCUUCGUCGUUGGAUAGCUAAACAAGAACAUUUACGUCAUAGAAGCCUAAAAGAAAAUCGUUCAUUUGAAAUUUUACUUCAGGAGUACUAUGAAAGACGUCAGAAACGUUUAGAUAAAAAUAAACCAAAGGAAGUCGAAGAUUUUCUACAAUCUGAACCAAACAAAGGAGAAGGAAAGCACUUUAUCGAAAUUCGUUUAAUACGUACAUCUUCACCAACAGAUAACGAUUAUGAAUCUCGUAUAAAAUUAUCUCAUAGAAUUUAUGAACAAUAUCAAAUUCAUAUACAUAAAGAUGAGAAAGAAGAUUGUACUUGGGAGAAAUUUCAACGUUUCUUAGUUAAAUCUCCAUUAGUAUUGGACGAUUUUGAAUGGAAUUCAACUUCACCAAUGUUUGGUUCUUAUCAUCAACAAUAUUGGCUUGAUGGUGAAAAAUUAAUUGCUGUCGGUGUUAUCGAUCUACUUCCACGAUGUCUUUCAUCUGUUUAUGUUUUCUAUGAUCCGAACUAUUCAUUUCUUCAUCUUGGUACAUAUACUGCUUUACGUGAAAUUGCAUUUGUUCGUUAUUUAUCUAAUACUUAUGGUUUAAAUUCAAUUCAAUCCGAUGUAUUAUAUCAAAAUUUUAAUUCAUAUUAUAUGGGUUAUUAUAUUCAUUCAUGUUGUAAAAUGUCAUAUAAAUCACAAUAUGGUCCUGCUUAUUUAGCAUGUUCUGAAACCUAUAAUUGGAUACCUAUUAAUCAUUGUAUACAAUUAUUAAAUCAAUUAAAGUUAAAUAAUCAUUAUACAAGAUUUUCAUCUCUAUCUUCAAUUGAUAUAAAUUCAAUUCCUGUUACUAUGGAUAUAGAUACAUUAGAUUCACAUAUUUAUUUUUAUAUAAAGUACAAUGAUAAUACAUCAUCAUCGUCAUCGUCGAAGACAAUCAGUAGUAAAGAAGAUUUCAUGAAUCAUACACCAGUAUCUCUUUAUAAUUUACGUUCAUAUUUAAAUAAACAAGUUAUUCCUAUAUUUCGUGAAUGGGCUAAAUUAUUAGGUAAACGUGUAUUAUCUGGACAUUUUCAAAUUAUUAUACAUUCGAAUUAAUAAUAAUAAUAUGAUGAUGAUGAUGAUAAUAAUAAUAAUGGUUACCAUGGUGAUCACAACUAAUGUGAAGAAUAAAUAGACAAUAAUACUUGGUAAGGAUUAUGUUUGAUAAUUAUUUAUUUAUUUAUUAUUAUUAUUAUUAUUGCUACUUAAUUAAUAUUUUUUUAUCGCUGAACUGAUGUCAUUUCCCCACGCCACGCCACCCUACCCCCCGAAAAAAAUAACGAUCAUCAUUAUACAUGAAAAAAGAAACCAGGCAUUUUUGGCAAUAUAAUUAUGUUAUUGUGUUUCAUUUUAAAACGAUAUCCAUUUUUUCUUUGUAAACUAAUUCAUACAUAUACCGCGGUCUAUAUCAACAGUAGUAGUAGUUAAUGAAUCACUUACAGAAGUGUAAAUGAUAUUGUAGUGUAUACUACUGAUAUCGAUAGAUAUAAGUAGUAGGUAUCAUCAAUAGACAGUGAAAUACUUGAUGGCAGAUGGUUAAGAAGAGAACGAGAACAGAGAAUGAUUGAUAUGGAAAUGAAGGGACAAUGAAGUUUGAGACGAUUAAUUGACAUUUUACAAAUACAGUAUUUAUUGUAUGGUUCUUAGAUUCCGUAAUUUUAUAUUCAAAUACAUUUGGUUGUUCCUAUUUGUGUUCUCGUUCAUUACAAUAGAAGUAUUUACAGUACGAAAUUGUUUUGAAUGUUAUACGUGAUUAUUAAAUGGUGAAACACGCCAAAUAAAUAAUUAAGUUAACAUAUGUACUAUCUUUUUUACGAUAUACGAUUAAAUAAAUCCGUUGGUGGAUACGGAAG